AUGCGCUUUCGAGUACGAGGUCCUUCGGGCCAAUCCACCGUCACUUUGGACGAAUCGGCCACUGUCCACGACCUGCGACAACAGAUUGCGGAGAAAACCAGUCUCACUUCCUACGAUGUGAAGUACAACUACCCAGACCUCAAGCCUUUAAAUCUCGACCAUUUCCAGGCCGACCAACAACUAUCCGAACUGGGUGUCAACUUGAACGGGGAACAGCUUAUUGUUGCGCGGCGUGAGAGCGCCGCCCCGCAAAACAAGUCCAUCUGUGUCCCUGCCAGCUCCACCUCCCAGCAGCCUGUUUCGCCGCCGACAAUUUCGAAGAAACCAGAGAACCCCGCAGAUGAUCCGCCAGAAAUUGCCUCGCCCGACCAUGCCGGUACUUUCGUUCUUCGUGUCAUGCCGGAUGACAAUUCAUGUCUCUUCCGCGCGGUUGGCGCAGCGGUUAUGGGUGAUAUGGACACAAUGGUUGAGCUCCGAUCUAUCAUAGCAGGUGCUAUCCAGUUCAAUCCUUCUGAGUACACUACCGUCGUUCUUGGGAAAAAACCUGACGAAUAUUGCCAAUGGAUUAUGAAUGAAGACUCUUGGGGUGGCGCGAUUGAGCUCAAGAUUCUCAGCGAGUACUUCAACAUUGAGAUCUGUUCUAUCGAUGUGCAAACGCUGCAUAUGUUUCAGUUUAACGAAGGAGCUCCAACUCGUUGUGUGGUGGUAUAUUCCGGUGUUCACUACGACGUCCUCGCGCUCUCUCCUUCGGAUCCGCCAUACACCCAUGCCGACCCACUUGCGCAAAAUGACACCAAGAUCUUUGAUGCCGUCGACCCAGUGGUCUUGGACAAAGCGAAGGAAGUGUGCCAGAUUCUACAGAGCAGACACUACUAUACAGACACCUCGGGGUUCUUAGUCCACUGCAAUACAUGUGGUCAAUCGUUUACUGGGGAAAAGGGGGCAGUCAAGCAUGCCACCGAGACUGGUCAUUAUGAUUUCGGAGAGUCCCGUUGA